UUAAUGCUAAAAACCUCCCCGCCUUCAUCUCAAUUCUAGAGAGAGAGAGAAGAUAAGAUCCCAAUAUUUGGUAACAUAGAAGUAGAAUUGGAGGAUGAAGAUCCAGUGUAACGUAUGUGAGAUGGCGGAGGCGACGGUGCUUUGUUGCGCCGACGAGGCGGCGUUAUGUUCGACUUGUGACGAGAAGGUACACGCUGCCAAUAAGCUCGCCAGUAAGCAUCAGAGGGUUCAUCUUUCUACUUAUAAUUCUCAGAUGCCUAUGUGUGAUAUCUGUCAGGAAACAGUUGGCUACUUCUUUUGUCUGGAAGAUAGAGCUUUACUGUGCAGAAAAUGUGAUGUUGCCAUACAUACAGCCAAUACUUUAGUUUCAUCACACCAAAGGUUUCUGCUUACUGGAGUGAAAGUAGGGCUUGAAGCAGCUGAGCUUGGUGCAUCAACGUCUUCCAUGAAGUUACACUACACCAAAGAUAUUUCAGAUGCACCAAAAUCACCUUCACCUUCUAUAAGGAGUGUUUCAUUGUCUUCAACUGAUAAAUACAGCAAACCCGAGCCAGUCCAAGCUGCUGGAGCUGGCGAUUUCACCCCUCCUAGUUUGCCUUUUGCAGGAGGUUCUUCAGAGGAUGGUAUUCAACAAUGGGAGUUCGAUGAGUUUCUUGGGCUUACUGAUCUCAACCAGAACUACAACUAUAUAGACAAUAUCUCAUCCAAGGCCGAUAGCGGGAAGCUGGGAGACUCGGACUGUGAAGGGUUUGGGCAGGUUCCUGAUGCAUCUUGGGCGGUCCCGGAUAUCUGUUCCCCACCGACGGCAUCAGGACUCUACUUUCAUGAUCAUUAUCAUCAUCAUCACAGAUUAGAGACACCUGCAUUUGUUCCUGAUGUAUGCUACUCAGCCUUCCCAGAUCUAUAUCCUUCCCAACAAAGUACAAGUAGCCAAAAAAAGAGAAGGCAGUUCUAGCGACUUGUCCUUUUCAUGUGGUCCUCCAUCAUUGUACCAUCAUGUGCAUUUUUUUAAAUGGGUGUUUGCUAUUUAAACUGGUUAUCAUUUUAAACGGCCACCUACUGAAAGAAGUUUUAUAUUAUAACCAUCAUUUUAUUCUUUCUCAUAAAAUAGCCAAAAAACGGUAAGAAAACGCAACAAGACACUUUUUCUUGUAGUGGUGCGAAAUGUACACGGUGGGCCCACUUUUCAUCUGGGUAUGUCAGAAAACAUCAGAAACCGUAAGAAAAAGUAUCGUGUGGUGUUAUUUUGCGAUUUCUUGGCAAUUUUGUGAGAAAAAGUUUGGACGUGGUUAAAAAAUAGAACUUUUUUCUCAUGUGGUUAUUUAUGAUGAUAAGUAUAUUAAAACCCUUUUUGGGGUUAAAUAGGGGAUUGAAAAUGUAGAAAAGAAAGUUUGACGUUUGGAUAAUAGUAGGAAAGGGGUUCAAAUAACAUGUAAAAGGUGUUGGUUUAAAAUACCAAAGGUCAGUGAUAGUUGGUGUGAUGGUAGAUUGGUAGGUGUGCCAGUUGUGUGUGUUUGUAGCAUUAGUUCCAAUUUCCAAAAGAAGGGUGUGUGUGUGUGUGUCGUAUCUGCUUUUGUUUUAGCAUCUCGUGGGUCACAACUCGUACCUUUUGUUUUAAGUAUAACAUUGCGUGUUACCAA